AACAGACAGACCAGAGACCAACGGAACUUUCAGCGCGUGGGGUGAUAACAUGUUCAAGGACUGGGAUUUCUGGUGUGGAAAUGUAAUCACAACAGUAACGCGACACGGAGCAGAUUAGAACUAGGCUACCACUUUAACAGUGUGUUCCUCGAGGCCCAGGAUCCAUACAGAGUACAGAAUGAGUGCCUUCCUGGGAGUGUUAGUGGUAACGUUAAUUGUCUCAGGUGAUGGAGCGACUAUGUCAGAAGACAGUGUCCUUUUGCCAUGCGCCUGCGCAGAGAGAAAUUUGCACGAGGAGUUUAAGUGGCAGAUGGAAUCUCCAAACAAGAUACUGGUCCUCAAAUACAACAACACCACUCCAAACGUCAAUCCCAGUUACAUGGGCAGGGCCAAGAUAUUUCUGCCUGAGCACCACGAUAACUGCUCGGUCCUCUUCACCAACAUUACAGUAGAUGACCAGGGGGAAUACAAAUGCAUUUUUCACAAGCAAGAGGAAUACCAAUCUUCUCUUGUAUAUCUAAAUGUUUCUGGGUGCUACACUGUCUGUCAUUCAGCCGACAACCUGGGUGGAAGUAUAAAUGUUUUCAAGUGUCAUGUAAAAAAACGCUACAGAGAGACUGAGAUUCAGUGGAUUUUGGAUGGACAGCUUCUUACAGAAUCAAACAACACUAACAUAACCCACACGUACACCCUGGAUGUUCCUACUGGCCUCUACCAUUUCAACAGCACACGCAGCACUGAAGGCAAGUGGAGUGUAGUACCUGAAUGUCAUGUCAAGGACAAAGGCACAUCAACAAACAGUAGCCAUGCCAGCAGAACAACAAAUGAAGUUAAUGAGGCGAAUCCAGACCGUGCCCGAUACCGGUACUUAACAAUCAUUCCCAUUAUGUUGGUGCUUGGACUUUCCCUUCUCUUGUGGCGCCGUUGGGACGCACAGAGUUCACAAAGGACACGGGAAGUGGGGGCUGACAACUUCUACUGCUAAACACACAAGGAUCCCUAAUGUCAGGCAAUUUCCACCGAACUGAUUAGUAAUGGAUGUGGCAUCAUGCCCACGCCGAGACAGGUUACAUCAUGUGCUCAUACCGCUUAAGUGAUGAGGGGUUUCUGAAAAGGAUGUCCAUCUUGUGAGCUUUAAUGGAUGUUUGCAGGCAGGUGUAUAUAUUUUUCCUUCAAAUUCAAGGAUUGUAAAAAGAAAUUUUCCCUUUACGAUAUGAAGAUGAAGUGAUACAUUUCAAUUAGGAUGGAACGGUUCAAGUAAAAUACAUUAUGCCAGUGUGUCCGUUGACAGUGCAAGUAGGAGAGAUUUAGACAGGACAAUCCAAUCUGCAACUAAAGCAUUACAUAUUGCAGAGAAAGACGGAUGCAGGAUUUCAGCAUAUGAUUAAAGUAACGUUCCUUGGGCCGCUAUAUUCGCACAUUUCAACAUUUCAGUAACAUCCCGAACUUGCAAAGGAAAGUAAACAUGGAUUGAACAGAGAUCUCUCAGAUCUCUGCAAGAUAAACCCAGACAGCUAGCUAGACUAUCUGUUUAAUCUGAGUAACUAACUUUCACUAAAACGUACACUUAUUCCACCAAAACAAGUUCCUCCGGAGCCUAUAUUGCAGCGUGACUCCUGCUUUUCUCCAGUGCUUAGCACUUUCUAAGACCAUUGUGAUUGGUUUAAAACUGCCGACCAACCAGAGCACGUUUUCCUCCCAUCGCCGAAUGCUAUGUGGAGCAGCCAGACUCUCCUCCUAUGCUGCACUUUGUGUUUUAUUUUUAUUUACUUUUUAAUAGCACAGUGGCACUUUUCCUUUUGAUAAUAAAAUGUAGUGAUGUUCUUUUUACAGUUUUUAAAAUACUGCACUUUAAUUUCAAGUGGAAAAACAAAUAUUUCCAUUAAGAACUUACGUUUAUAGGUACUGUUUAAAAAAAUAAAUAAAUAAAUAAAAGCAUGUUGAAAUUAGCAAUGCCCCCUCCUCUGUUCUAAAAACGUAUCUAACUGAACUGGAAAACCGUGACCCCAAAACCGUGAUAUAAACCAAACCGUUGAUUUUGUGAACCGUUCCACCCCUAAUUUAAAUAAAAAUCAGUUACAUGAACAAUACAGAGAAAUAUAGCAAUCAUAACACAACAAAAAUAGAUUGCUGAAUGUGCUAUUGUGGAUUCUGUAGCAGGUAAUCCAACCAAAAUAAUUGAAUUAUUUGGAAAAUUGCUUUGUUGACAUGAAAAUGGUCUUACUGACAUGUACUAGACCAUUUUCUGAAUGCAUUAAACAGUUAUCCAAUGUACUCCUACUUCAUUAGGAAAUUCAGCAUUCAACUGAGCCAUUUUAAAUGGUGGUUAGGUAUAUAUAGUAUACUACUGUAUAUACAUAAUUUAAGUGCUAUACUUCAAAUGGGAGAAAAGCAAGUUAUUAUACUAUAUAUUUACUGUAUACAAAGGUAAUUUCUGAUAUUGCAACACUUUACAACAAUUAUUUUAAAUUUAAAUUCUGAGUUGAUCUGAUUUUGUAUGUUAUCAGUUACCCUUUAUUACUAUAGAGGUGAUAUAUCACUUUGCAUUGUUGAUUUCCAUUGUGGUCAAAUGUAAUGCAAAUAUUUAUGAAAGGUGUACAACAUGUAUGUGGCUUAGUGUGACUAUCAUGAUUUUCUUUGUCAAGGUCCUUGAUCAAGCCGCUUUCUUGUAUCAUAGUAAUCAACAUUCCCUCAGACUGGACCUAAACAACAGAAUAGUGUGAUUGCGAUGUACAGAAGCCUGUUCAUCUGGAACUGCUUUUUUGACACACUGGUUACAGUGAAUGACAUUGCUUUGAUUUGUUUCAUUUGUAUAUAAACAGAUAAAUAUAAUUUGAUGUAUGAUUUAUCAAGGUUUAAAGGGAACCCCCUGUGAAAGUGUGACAUUUGAAUGGCAGCGUUUGAGUUAUGUGAUGUGAUCCAGGGAGGUGAGCUCGCACAAGGAGGGGCCUAUGAGUCUACAUCUGUGUGGGUCGCUAAUACGUUGCCAACAACCAAUAUUUUAAUCACAAAUAAUGCAUUUUUCAAUUUUUUUCAAACACGUUUUUCAAAAGAACUAAGCACCAUAUAUUAUUAUAUUAUAUUGCACCAACUGCUGAUGAGUGUGCAAGCCGUGAACAUUUUUCAAACCCUAUUUUUUUUAUUUAACUCCACC